GUGAGGAGGCGCGCGAGCACGAGAGAGCCGCAGCCGGGAGCCGCUGCCCGCCCCACCGCCGCCGCCAUCUGGGGACAAGGUGACUGUCCCUUCCCCUCUCCUCACACCGGCCGCCGCGCUCGGGGGCAGGUGAUGAUCAGGGAAGGUGUCGUCUUUGGCCGCGGCGCCGGGUUCGGGCGCGUCCCAGAUCCAACCCCUGCUGUGGAACUACUAAACACCAUUUGUUAGUGGAAACAUUACUGUUUUCUGCGAAAUGAAGUCAAUGUUUUAAUGUUUGUGUGGUUCUAAUUCAUCAGCUAUGAUUCUUGAAGCUUGAAAUCUAAGGAGUACAGGGUCUUUUGUGAUGACAAUAUGACUAAUAGUAAAGGAAUAUCUAUCACUAAUAAAACAAGUGAUGGUGCAAGUGGUGGAGGAGGUUUUGUAGAUUGGACUUUACAUUUAAAUACAAUUCAAUCUGAUAAGUUUUUAAACUUACUGUUGAGUAUGGUUCCAGUCAUUUACCAGAAAAAUCAGGAAGACAGGCACAAAAAAACAAAUGGCAUUUGGCAAGAUGGGUUAUCAACUGCUGCACAGACUUUUAAUACUAGAUCCGAACAACAUGUGGAGUAUCACAGUUUUUCAGAGCAAUCUUUUCAUGGCAACAAUGGGCAUGCACCAUCAAGCUGUAGCCAAAAAUAUGAUGAUUAUGCCAACUAUAAUUACUGUGAUGGAAGGGAGGUUUCUGAAACUACUCCCAUGUUACAAGAUGAAGACGUUUCUAGUAGUGGUGAUGAAGAUGCCAUUAUUGAAGCAAACCAAAAAUUACCAAAGGAAUCCAGUGGUGUCAUGGCAUUGCAAAUACUUGUGCCGUUUUUGUUAGCUGGUUUUGGAACAGUUUCAGCCGGAAUGGUUUUGGAUAUAGUACAGCACUGGGAGGUGUUCAAAAAAGUAACAGAAGUUUUCAUUUUAGUUCCUGCACUUCUUGGUCUCAAAGGGAAUUUGGAAAUGACAUUGGCAUCCAGAUUAUCCACUGCAGUAAAUGUUGGGAAGAUGGAUUCACCCAUUGAAAAGUGGAACCUAAUAAUUGGCAACUUGGCCUUAAAGCAGGUUCAGGCAACAGUAGUUGGUUUUCUAGCAGCUGUGGCAGCAAUUAUAUUGGGCUGGAUUCCAGAGGGAAAAUACUACCUUGAUCAUUCCAUACUUUUGUGCUCUAGCAGUGUUGCAACUGCCUUCAUUGCAUCUCUUCUGCAGGGAAUAAUAAUGGUCGGGGUUAUCGUUGGCUCAAAGAAGACUGGUAUAAAUCCUGAUAAUGUUGCUACACCUAUUGCUGCUAGUUUUGGUGACCUUAUAACUCUUGCCAUAUUAGCUUGGAUAAGUCAGGGUUUGUACUCCUGUCUUGAGACUUAUUACUACAUUUCUCCGUUAGUUGGUGUCUUUUUCUUGGCUCUAACUCCUAUCUGGAUUAUAAUAGCUGCCAAACACCCAGCCACAAGGACAGUUCUCUACUCAGGAUGGGAGCCUGUCAUAACAGCUAUGAUCAUAAGUAGCAUUGGAGGCCUUAUUCUGGACACAACUGUAUCUGACCCAAACUUGGUUGGGAUUGUUGUUUACACGCCAGUUAUUAAUGGUAUUGGUGGUAAUUUGGUGGCCAUUCAGGCUAGCAGGAUUUCUACCUACCUCCAUUUACAUAGCAUUCCAGGAGAAUUGCCUGAUGAACCCAAAGGUUGUUACUACCCAUUUAGAACUUUUUUUGGUCCAGGAGUAAAUAAUAAAUCUGCCCAAGUUCUACUGCUUUUAGUAAUUCCUGGACAUUUAAUUUUCCUGUACACUAUUCAUUUGAUGAAGAGUGGUCAUACAUCUUUAACUGUAAUCUUCAUAGUGGUAUACUUAUUUGCUGCUGUGUUACAGGUGUUCACCUUGCUGUGGAUUGCUGACUGGAUGGUCCAUCACUUCUGGAGGAAAGGAAAGGAUCCGGAUAGUUUCUCCAUCCCCUAUCUGACAGCACUGGGUGAUCUGCUUGGGACAGCUUUGCUAGCCUUAAGUUUUCAUUUUCUUUGGCUUAUUGGAGAUCGAGAUGGAGAUGUUGGAGACUAACGAAUCCUGCAAAGUGCUCUCAAAUAAUCAAGAAGGAAAACAUCAGACAACCACUUACGGCUCUUUUUCAAAAAUCUCAUAUCAGUAGUUUGAUUUUUUUGCCAGGGCUAACUUUCAUUUGGCCCUGAUUCAAUUAAAUGGCCUUAACUUUUUUAAAGGAAUUUGUGUUGAAACCAGAAUGAAGAAUAUUUGUGCUACUUUUCAUAAAAUAAAUGAUAGUUUGACAUUGAUGAAGAUACAAGCUUGUGCUCUGAAAUUAAAUAGGAAGGAAUAUAGGAUGUUUAUAAUGGAUAGUUUUGAAACCACUAUACAUGGCAGAAUGUACUUUAUUAUUGUUUAACUAGUAAUGCAAGUUAGAGGAAAGAGCUCUAGUUUAGCCUUUGUGUCUCACAGAUGUCUUGUACUGCAAAGCAUACAAUUAAAUGAAACAGGCCCGGCCAAGCUUUUAAUGGUUGUAACUGUGUCCACCCUCCAAGCUAGCUGAGGAUGAAUUUACCACUUAUUCCCAAACUGACCUAAAAAAUGUUCUGCUGAGCAUAAGAUAAACUCACUUUUACCUGAAUCUACUAAUUACCCUGCACCAAUGCUAAUUUAAUGUCAACUCUUUCAAGUUCUUGACAGCCUUUCCCUUAAAUAUAAAAUGGCCCCAAGAGAUUGUUCAUGAAAGAUCAUGGGUCAUUUUUGAUCACUGAUUUGUUGAUUUCUUGGAAGAACAGUGAUCUUUUUCAGAAAACUUAUUAAUAGUCAAAAACAGAAUGUAACCUGUGCUGCAUCUGCAAGGACAAGAGGGUAUGAGAAAUCGUUAUGUGUGCGCAUGUGUGUGUGUGUGAAUGUGAGAGAGAGGGUAAGGGGGGACAAGGGACGCUUUUGUUGGAGAACUAAAUCUUAAAUUGUUGAUAGCAAAGAUCAGAGUGUUAUCAAACUAUCAGCAUUAUAGGAUUAUUCUUAAACAUGUUUCAUUUAUAGACUUUUGUCAUUUGGGCCCCAAAUUUUGUUAUUGCCCAGAAUUUAGUAUUUGUUACAUACAUUAUAAUUAAUAGUUUGUUCUUAUCUUUAAAAAACUGUUCCAUUUACUAUAGUCAAGAUUUUAGUAACAUUUAGAAUGAGCAAGUGAUUCAUUUCCUCUUUCAAAGAAGUCUAUUAAAACUCUUAGCUUACCCAUUUGAAAAAAAAAAUUUGGUGGGUUACUUCAAUUAUUGAUCAGGCCUACAAAUGUCAUCUAUUUGCAUAAAUGUAUUUCUAUAUAGGACCCUGUCAUAUACACUACUACAUUUCUCAAAUAUUUUUUCUAAAACUCGAUAUUCUAAUACUUGAUCAACUCCUUAUUUGUUCAAUAAGGAAGCAUUUUUAUAUGCUAUCUAGAUCAUGAAAAAAAUGCAAUGGAAUUACUCAUGACCAUCAGGUAUUUAAUAAUUUAACUAUAAGGCAAGAAAAAUUCGAAUUAACUUUCAUUAUCAUGGUUUGAGUUGUGAGUUAGUGUUGGCAUUAUAUAAAUUGUUGAGUUGUUUAUAAAUAUGUUGGGGGAAGUGUUCCUAUUAAGCCCUUUAAAGUAAGGGACUGUGGUUUAGAGUUAUAUAUUUUUGCUGAUUUUUAAACUUUAAUUAUUCCAUUCUCCUGUCUUAUAAUGAAACUUCUAAGGCAGAGAACAGAACUAAUUAUAGAAUUUCUCCUUUGGAGAGUUACAGUGUCACAUAGUGAACAUUCUUAUAAAAGAAAAUAAGUUUAAGUUGAUGAAUAUUUAACUGCAAAGUUUUUUAUUUUAAAAAAAAUCAAUGAAAAUUUUCUUUUAUUUAUGUAAAGCAUUUGUAAAUUAUGUGUUUACAUCUAGGCUGUAUGAUUCAUAACAAUUUGAAUUUUCUAAUGAUUUCUUUUUGAUUUUUUAAUGCCCCAAAAAUGCACAGCAAGCCACAUUUUUAAAAACUUUAGUGCAUUACAUAUUUCACAGCACAUUUAAAGACACUACAUUAUUUAGUACUCACAACAGUACCUGUAAAAUAGGUAGCUAUUGUUAUCUCUAUUGUACAGAAGAGGAGACUGAAACUCAGAAGAGUUACAUUUUUAAGGUGGCACAACUACAAAGUAAUCAAAUUGUGACUAGAGUCUCUAAGCUCCACGCCUUCUUUCUCCCAGGCCAGUAUUCUUUCUAUGAUAUGUGUCUGACCUCUCCAGGAGACCAAGGGUACCUAACUAAUUAACUGAGAGGAAGCCAACUGGAGAAAAAGAACUUGCUAAAGUAAAAUAGAGUAUUGCUACAUCUUAGAUAUCAGAUGGGAAAUCUCCAUUUAGUAUCUCUUAAUGGUGACUACGGCCAAUUCUAAAUUAUUCAUGUUCAUAAGACCAAGGAAAACAGAGAAAAAUGAAACUUUAGCAUAAAGAGCAAUGCCUUACUUCACAGUACUUUUAACUGCCACCACCCUUUCCAAAUCUAGCCAUUUGCUAUAGAUGCUAAUAAAUCAGGUGACUGAUUUGAGUUCACUCCUUUCCUUUAUGCAACAAAAUGUCUAAAAUGCAAGUAAUAGGAAAGAAAAAAAAAAGAACAUGGGAAAAAUCAGUUACUGGUUUUUAAGUAUGAAAGGGAUAUAUAUUCCUUUAAAAAAUGAUUACUGGUCGUUUGAAAACCUUCACAUAAGAAUGCAACCAUUAAGAUGGCUUUUAUUUAUCCAUGAAAAUAAUUUAUUAUCAGUCUUAUAUAAAGGAAACUCACAGUAUUUCUUUUUAUACAACAUAAAAACUCCUGCUUUCCAGACUUAUUCCUUUCACUAAUUUAUCAGACACUGUUUUUACACAGACAAACUGUUUUAAAACUUUUUUCCAUUCUUGCCCACUAAACAUUUUUCCCUUUCAAAAACAAAAUUUCUUAGAACCUGAUAAAAUGGGAAUAUAUGUUAAUGUAUCUGGGAGACCUCAAAAUUCAUUGUCAAAGACUAUCAAUGGUGUAGUCAAAUGAAGUACAUUUUUUAAGGUCUUUCAGUAACUGGACUUCCUGCCUAUGUAUCUAUUGUGUGGUAAGCCCAUUUUUAAUGGGCUUCUGUCAUCUUUGAAUUGUUGUAAACCUAAGAAUAAAAUUUAGGAAAUAUUU